AUGAAGGAUAUAUUUGCACAUGAGUCAUUCCGUGUUUUGGAAGGCACAAGCGUUUCAGUCAAAUCACGUACUGUUACAGUUACAGGGAAGUUUGGUUCCGUUACACGAUCUUUCAAUCAUCUGCCAGUAGAUAUUAAAUUAUGUAAAAAUGGAAAGUUUGUGCGUAUUGAAGUUUGGUUUGGUACCCCUCGUCACCAAUCUGCUAUAAACACUGUAUGCUCAGCGAUCAAAAAUAUGAUGAUUGGUGUUAUGAAGAAGUUUGAAUAUAAGAUGCGUUUUGUAUAUUCUCACUUCCCAAUAAAUUCUAAUAUUACUAAUAAUGGUACAUUGAUUGAAAUCAGGAACUUCCUUGGAGAGAAGAGAGUUCGUACUGUGAAGAUGUUACCUGGGGUAAUUGUUGAGAAGUCAAAUUCUGUAAAGGAUGAAAUUAUUAUCACUGGUACCGAUUUAGAACUUGUAUCUCGUUCGGCUGCCUUAAUUCAUCAAUGUACUUUGGCUAGGAAUAAGGAUAUCCGCAAAUUUCUUGAUGGUAUUUAUGUCAGUGAAAAAGGGACCUUUGUCAAAGAAGAGUGA